GCAACGGCCGCGAGGAGGCGCUGCGACAGGUUGGGGCCUUGGCGGUGGCAUGGCUUUCCAGGGCUGUAACUACCUCGGCCUUUUGGUCUGGCUCUUACUGCUUCAGGCACGAUUGGGCAAGGCUCGUAGUAUAGUUCCAGGGUCGCUGUCUCUUUCUCCUCCCUCCUCAGAGAACGGCCUAGAUGAUUCGGGUGUCAACCCACAAGAGAGGCCACUCACAGGGAUGCCUGAGACUUCGCUGCCCCCCAAGCCGGGGGACAGCACGAGGCCCCUUAAUUUGAUGGCAUUUACUCCAGGUCAAUCUUUUUCAACCAUGCAUCUGUCGAGACAACCGUUUCCGACAUGGAUUCCACCCACUUCAGCUUGUGGCCACAGAACUGCAAGGAUAGUUGGUGGAAGGCCUGUACCAUCGUGGAAGUGGCCCUGGCAGGUGAGCCUGCAGGUCCACAGACAGCACAUCUGUGGUGGCUCCCUCAUCAGCAAAUGGUGGGUGAUGACUGCAGCCCACUGUGUAUUUGGACAUCUGGAUUAUGUGGUGUUCAUGGGAGAGGCUGACCUGUGGUCCAGAAAGCCAGUGAGGAUUCCGGUUCAAGACAUCAUCAUUCACCAGGAUUUCUCCAUGAUGAGAACAAUUGUCCAUGACAUCGCCCUUGUUCUGUUGGCCUUUCCUGCGAAUUACAGUGCCAAGAUCCAGCCCGUGUGCAUCCCUGAAAAGUCUUUCUUGGUACCACCUGGGACCCUCUGCUGGGUGACCGGAUGGGGCAAACUAUUUGAACAAGGUAGAUCGUCAAGAGUGCUGCGGGAGGUUGAGCUAAAUAUUAUCCGUCAUGAGAAAUGUAACCAGAUUCUCAAGGACAUCAUGGGAAGAAUAUUUACCCUCGUCCAGGAAGGGGGAGUCUGUGGCUAUAACAUGAGAGGAGGAGACGCCUGCCAGGGAGAUUCUGGGGGCCCCAUGGUCUGCGAAUUUAAUGAAACGUGGGUGCAGGUAGGGAUUGUGAGCUGGGGUUUGGGAUGUGGCCGAAUUGGAUUCCCUGGAGUUUAUACAGAAGUGAGCUACUACAGAGACUGGAUCAUUAAAGAGCUGAGUCAGGCUUCGUGUUGGAACCCACCAGGCUUUCUCAUCUUAAGCAUGUGUCUGGUGCUUCACCUGGUGACCCCGUGAUCCCCACAGCCCAUGGUCCUCUUGUUUCUGAGCCUCUCUACCAGGCUUCUCGCCUGACCUGAUUUCCCCGCCAAUGCUUUCUUCAAAUUCUACCUGGGAUCAAUUACCUUAAUGGAGCAAGAGCAUGGAGGGAGUUUGGGGCUUGUAAAAUGUCCUGUCCUGGUGUUCUUUGUCAUCACCUCAGCUACCACUGUACUAAGGCCGUGCUUUACCUAGAGUGGAGGAUUGUGGGCCACUUCUCUAUAGAGGACCAUCUGGCCUGCCAGGUGGAGGGAGAGAACUCAUCUUCAUGAGUUAUCUUGGAGAGAGAACAUCUCUAGAGGAGAGACUUCAUGAAGAUUGAAUGGGCACUAGGCCUAACUGGCUAUUAUUGCUCUUACCAGAGACUCUGGCAUGCCAGUGAGAUCUGUGAUCACUCACAGACAGAGGAGGCAUUUCCUGCAGAGGUGUGGGGCUGGGACUUCCACAUCUGCCUCAGUUGUGGUUUGCAGCAUUUCCUGAGUGCCACGGUGGGAAUCCAUCUGUGAGUACAAAACUUUUGCUACACAAGCAUCCUGGGAGCAACCCAGUCUGGUGCCGCCGUCAAUCGUCCCUGCACAGCCACGUCCAGGGCCACUGCACUGUCAAUCGUUCCCUCACAGCCUCUUCCAGGGCCACCACAAGUUAUGGUGGUGCAGUUUUGGAGAGGAUAGAUUUUAGAUGUUAACUGAAUAAAUGUGUCUCACGUGUUCUGAA